UUGUCUGCCUAAUUAAAUACAAUAGUUUGAGUUUCAGAGAUCGAUGUUUUAACUUCGGUUUUAUCCAAAUUUGCAUGAAAAGCAGCGGUGUUCAAACUGACCUUCCGCCACAAAAGUGUAGUCAACCUAAAAUGUAGAGUGAAAUCAAGUGCUUGUCUGUUAUCAUUAAUAAAUUGGUGGUGAAAUCAAAGUGAUAACCGGAGUUUUUAAUUGACAAUUGAAUUAAAAUGCUGUCAAGUAUAAAACGACCAAUUCAUUACUGCGUAUCCCACAGGCAAAUCGAUAUAUUAACUGGAUUUAGUUUGUAUUUGAAUCAAAGUGUUAAGCCUUAUCGAUUCCGAUCCAGUGUAUCCAGCAGCACUCCACUGUUUUAUCGCAACAAACCGCUUCCACAACCGACAAUAAUUGGAUUUUUCAAAUUCAAUAUGGGCUCAGUCAAUUGCAAGGCAUUCUCAUCGACAAAAACCGUACAGGAUGAAGAGGAUGCAAAACCUUACUGUAAAAAUGGAGCGGUGGAGCAGCAGCCAGAUGCCGAUUACGUUGAGAAGAUUGUGUGCGAGGAGAAUGACAUCGGUGAAAAUGAGAUGAAACAAUACGAAAUCGACGAUAAUUCGAAAGUGUUGGUCGUGAAGCAGAACGGCGUUAUUUCAGCCAUUGGAACGAAAUGUUCGCAUUAUGGUGCAUUAUUAUCGACGGGUGCAUUGUCAGAAGGCCGUAUUCGAUGCCCAUGGCAUGGAGCGUGUUUCAAUGUUCAAAACGGUGAUAUUGAAGAUUUCCCCGGAUUAGAUUCGAUUCCAUGCUACAAAGUGAACGUUGAACAAGGCAAAGUUCGUGUGCGAGCCAAACGUUCUGAUUUGCAAGCAAACAAACGAUUGAAAGACAUGGUGAAACGUAAUCCAAACAAUGACACGACUAUCAUCGUCAUCGGUGGAGGCCCCUCUGGCGGGGUUUGCGUAGAGACUUUGCGCCAAGAAGGAUUCGACGGUCGCAUUGUGAUGGUUUGCAAAGAAAAUGUUUUGCCAUACGAUCGCGUCAAACUGAGCAAAGCGAUGGAUGUACAAGUGAAGAAAAUCGAAUUCCGAACACUUGACUUUUACGAAGAGUACGGAAUCGAAGCGAUGACCGGAGUUGAGGCAACGAAAGUUAACAGCGAUGAGAAAACCGUUACAUUAAGCAAUGGCUAUAUUAUCAAAUACGAUAAAUUGUACAUUGCCACAGGAAGCAAAGCCCGAAAACCAAACAUUCCCGGAGCCGAUUUGAAGAAUGUAGUCGUUGUUCGAGAAUUCAUCGAUUCAGAGUAUAUUAUGAGUCAAGUAUCGCCGGACAAGCAUGUCGUUUGCUUGGGCCUUAGUUUCAUUGGUCUUGAAUCGGCCGCUUAUCUUUGCAAAAAAGUGGCUAAAGUAACAGUCGUUGGACGAGACACGAUUCCAUUGCGUCACAGUUUCGGUCCAGAGGUUGGCGAGAGAGUUAAGCGAAUGUUUGAAGACGAAGGCGUCGAAUUUAAACUACAAUCGGGAAUAAAACGGUGCAUUGACACUGACGGUGUGCUGACCGCGGUUGAGCUAAAUGACGGAACUCAACUCAAAUGUGAUAUUUGCAUAAUGGGCACUGGUUCGACGCUGUACACAGAAUUCCUCAAAGAUUCGGGAGUAAAUGUCAACCAAGAUGGUUCCAUUGAUACAAAUGUAUUUUUACAAACAAAUGUCCCAGACAUUUAUGCUGGUGGUGAUAUUGCAAAUGCUCCCGUGUUCUCGAUCGGUAAUAAUUUAGCAUCAAUCGGUCAUUACGCGUUAGCUCAAUACCAUGGUCAUGUUGCCGCUAAAAAUAUGGCAGGAAAUGAAACAGGUUUACAAGCCGUGCCUUAUUUCUGGACCACAUUAUUUGGAAAAUCGUUCAGAUACUCAGGAUAUGGAACACCACAUGAAACACGAAUUAUUGGCAGCCUGGAUGAGCUGAAAUUUGUGGCAAUCUUUUUGAACAAAGACGGCAACGUGUGCGGAAUGGCAUCGUGCCAAAGAGAUCCGAUCGUUUCGCAGUUUGCCGAACUUCAGUCACAGGGUAAAUCGAUUCACAAACUUGAACUCGAUGGAUCAAACGACCCAUUCGCAUGGACCAAAAGUAUUCAACCAGUUAAAGCCUAGAAACUAUAUAUUAUUUUUAUUUAGCACCUUUAAAUAAAGUUCGUUACUCAUGAAUUUAGCAUUUUUUUUUUAUUUUUUUUAACUAAAUGUAGCCUUUCGCUUUAGCAAUUGUUAAUGAAUAAAACAACUGUAUUUUAACGUACGUUACUAAA